AUGUUAGAAGGUGCAAAAUCAAUAGGUGCAGGAGCUGCUACAAUUGCUUCAGCAGGAGCUACUAUCUGUAUUGGAAACGUCCUUAGUUUCUCGAUUCAUUCCGUGGCGCGAUAUCCAUCAUUGGCAAAACAAUUAUUUGUUUAUGCCAUUUUGGGCUUUGCUCUAACCGAAGCUAUUGCAUUGUGCCCAAUGAUGGCCUUUUUGAUGUCAUUCGUAUUCCAAGUUCGUUAGUAAUCGUUUACGGUGUGUGGAUAAGCAGGAAGGGAUCCCUGUGGUUAGACUAACU